CCCAUCUCUAAUCCUCUUAAAACCUUAAUUAACCUCUCCUUUAAUCACUCUCUCUACGGAUUAGGGCUUUAACCCGAGAAAAAAAAAAAAAAAAACCCCUUCACAAGUCCAUAUCUGACAUCACGUCUCCUUGAAACUCCAAAGCUCAAGCUCCACUCUGUCCUCUCUCUCCAUCAGCAUGAAACCUUGAAAAUGCUAAAACCAUAAAAGUCGCAAAAACACACUUCAAUUUCUCUCAAAAAAGACCAAACAAUGGAAGUCACCAAAACAGAACCCAUAACGAACAAAUCAUCGUCAUCAUCAGUGUCUGUGAAAUCAGAUCUGAUGUCAACUCUUUCACUCAAAUCAUUCAAACUCAAAACCAAACAACAAGAGCUUCUGAUCCGUGUUUCAAUCCUCUGUUUGGUCUAUGUUUUAGCUUUCAUUACUCGUUUGUUUAGUGUCUUACGUUAUGAGUCCAUGAUCCAUGAAUUCGAUCCAUAUUUUAAUUAUCGAACUACCCUUUUCUUAACUCAGAAAGGUUUUUAUGAAUUUUGGAAUUGGUUUGAUUCCGAGAGUUGGUACCCUCUUGGACGUAUCAUUGGAGGAACCCUUUAUCCUGGAUUAAUGGUUACUGCAGCCAUUAUGUACUGGGGUCUCCGAUUCUUACGUUUCGCUGUUCAUAUUCGUGAAGUUUGUGUGUUAACGGCACCAUUUUUCGCGUCGAAUACUGCACUUGUUGCGUAUUUUUUCGGUAAAGAGAUAUGGGAUACUGGUGCUGGGUUGGUUGCUGCUGUAUUGAUUGCGAUUUGUCCUGGUUAUAUAUCGCGAUCUGUUGCAGGGUCUUAUGAUAAUGAGGGGGUUGCGAUUUUCGCAUUGUUGUUGACUUUUUAUUUGUUUGUCAAGGCAGUGAAUACGGGGUCUUUAGCGUGGGGAUUGGCGUCGGCUUUUGGGUAUUUUUAUAUGGUUUCGGCUUGGGGAGGUUAUGUUUUUAUUAUUAAUUUGGUUCCACUCUAUGUGUUGGUGUUGUUGAUUACUGGGAGGUAUUCGAUGAGGUUGUAUGUUGCCUAUAAUUCCAUGUAUGUGUUGGGAAUGUUGCUUGCAAUGCAGAUUCGGUUUGUUGGGUUUCAACAUGUGCAAUCUGGGGAGCACAUGGCAGCUAUGGGCGUGUUCUUCCUGUUGCAGGUGUUUUACUUCUUAGGUUGGGUUAAGCACCUGCUAAGUGACAAAAAGAAGUUUGAAGCCUUUUUGAGGAUCACUGUGACAUGUGCAGUAGGUGUAGGUGCUAUUGCUCUGGGAGUUGGCACAGCAUCUGGGUAUAUUUCACCAUGGACUGGCAGAUUUUACUCUCUGUUGGAUCCAACUUAUGCUAAGGAUCACAUUCCCAUCAUUGCAUCUGUUUCUGAGCAUCAGCCAACAGCUUGGUCAUCUUUCAUGUUUGAUUUCCAUAUCCUGCUUUUCCUUUUCCCUGCUGGUCUGUAUUUCUGCUUCAAGCGGCUGUCAGAUGCCACAAUAUUCAUAGUUAUGUAUGGUCUUACAAGCAUGUAUUUUGCUGGUGUUAUGGUGCGGUUAAUUCUUGUUGCUACACCUGCGGUAUGCCUCAUUAGUGCCAUUGCUGUUUCUGCCACAAUAAAGAAUUUGACUACACUGUUAAGGACUAAGAGCAAGGUUUCCCAGACUGGUUCUACUAAAGGAACAAGCGGUGGGAAGGGUUCUUCUAAGGCUUUGCCUGAUCAGUCCCAGCCUUUUCAAAGAAAUGGUGCUAUCGCAUUGCUUUUCGGUGCAUUUUACUUGCUCAGUAGGUAUGCUAUACAUUGUACCUGGGUGACCUCAGAGGCCUACUCAUCUCCCUCAAUUGUCUUGGCUGCAAGGGGUGCCCAUGGUAACAGGGUCAUCUUUGAUGAUUACCGUGAGGCAUACUAUUGGCUUCGACAGAAUACUCCUCCAGAUGCUAAGGUGAUGUCAUGGUGGGAUUAUGGGUAUCAAAUCACUGCCAUGGGGAACAGAACAGUUAUUGUUGACAAUAAUACCUGGAACAAUACUCACAUUGCUACUGUUGGCCGUGCAAUGUCAUCUUAUGAAGAUGAGGCAUAUGAGAUAAUGAGAUCACUUGAUGUGGAUUAUGUACUAGUCGUCUUUGGUGGUGUUACAGGGUAUUCUUCUGAUGAUAUCAACAAGUUUUUGUGGAUGGUGAGAAUUGGAGGUGGAGUAUUCCCUGUAAUUAAGGAACCUGACUAUCUUGUCAAUGGGGAAUAUCGUGUUGAUAAGGGUGCAGCUCCCAAGAUGUUGAACUGUCUCAUGUACAAGCUAUCCUACUAUCGAUUUGGAGAGCUGGUAACAGAAUAUGGGAAACCUCCAGGGUAUGAUCGAGCAAGGGGGGUUGAAAUUGGAAAUAAGGACAUUAAACUUGAACACUUGGAAGAGGCAUUCACGACUUCUAAUUGGAUUGUUCGUAUCUACAAGGUCAAGCCACCAAAUAAUAGGUGGUGAAAUCUCUCAUUCCAUGUAGGCGAGAAGGAAAUUUGUAGUUGGACUGCAAUCGAGUCUUGAGAGGGAGGGAGGGAGGGAGAGAGAGUUGGCCAUAGAAGUAGAGUACUAGUAAGAGGUUGAGCUUGUAGUAUUCAAGGCUUUUUAAAUUUUCUGAACCUGAAUUUUGGUCUCUGGAACAGCCCUUAACCUCAUCCAUUUCGAACUAUUUGUAAUGUUAUAUUGCAGACAGAUAAACCAUCUUAGAUCCUCGACUAGUUAGUAUCAAACGUAACAUGCUGAAUUUUUUGAGCAAUUUUUAGAUCUUAAUUGAAUGAAAGAUUUUAUCACUUCAAUUA